AUGCCGCGACCCAAAGUCCAUCCCAGCCAGCGAAAGCGGACAGCCGAAGCGUGUAACUCUUGCCGCCUGUCCAAGAAGCGGUGCAGCGCCACCAUUCCCUGCACCGCGUGCCAGAGACGCGGCAUCGGCCACACGUGCUACCUCACCCAGAGCCCGCGCGCCGGACGCUCGACAGGCUCCAAAGCGCAGACGCCAUUGGGGAAUAACCCGGAGACGGAGACAUCUGAACACGCUCGUCGUGGCUCUGGUUGGCCGCUUGGGGACAGCGCGCGUACCUGGGUGCCGCCGCAGGACGUCUAUCAGCCCAUCUCGCCGUCAGAGUCGAGGACAGCCGCCACGGAUACGAAUCAUGUAGAGGCGGAUGUGUCGCCGCUGCGUAGUACGACACAGAGAGAGACGCCGGCGCUAGGAAGGGAGUCGCACGCACGCAUGCUGCUGAAUCUGAGAGGAGAGCGAGUGUACAUCGGAGAGGCUGCUUCUAUUUCCUUUCUUCAAUUCGUUCGAGAUACGGUAGCGGCCCAGAUAGGACCCUCUCAAUUUUCUCACAAUGAUCAGAGCGAGACUAUGCUCGAGAACGAGCCUGUCAUCAAUGGCUCCAAUAUCCCAACGCCUGGGCUGACAGAGCUCGAUGAAGAAGAACGCGAAUCCUUCAUACAAAUAUACUACGCUGCUACUGGCGGAUUUUUGGAUUUAUUUUCCGACCAGGAGCUUGGUCAACUCUCCUCUGCGCCAGGGCAUGAGCGGUCUGAACAUGUGCCUCGCCACAUGGAAGCCGUCGCGUCCGCCGCGAUUGCUAUUGGGGCGCAGUGCAAGUCGCCGCUCGAGUCGCCGCAGGUCAGCCAGGCCUACUUUCGCCAUGCGCAGCGAAAAGCGUUUGCGGGCAUGCUAGAAGACCCCAACAUCAACAUUGUGCGAGUCUUUCUGCUCAUGGCCUAUUACAUGCUCGGCUCGUGCCGAAGGAAUUCUGCUUUUAUGUAUCUGGGCAUUGCCUCGCGCGCGGCGGUGUCACUGGGGCUCCAUAGCAAGGACUCCUACGAGGAUAUGAGCAGUGUGCAUCGCAAUAACAGAUUGAAAAUAUGGAUGAGUCUUUGUACGCUAGACAUGACUGUGAGCUCACUACUCGGUCGUCCGGCCGCAACCUCGGGCCUGCGUACUGAACUGGACGAGUCCCACAUCAGCGCCCUUGCCGGCUCCGAGGAUGAGGAUUUGGCGGCUCUUUUCGCCGUGUACGGAAUUCUCUCAAUAACGACCGACGUAGUGGAAACUAUGUACCGGAAAAAGGUGCCGUCCUUGGCGCUCAUUGAGCGAUCAUUUGCCCGGAUUGAAGACUGGAGUCGAGCAAUCCCUAAAAGUUUGCGUGCGAGACCGACUCCAAUAGCGUGCGGCACACCUAAUCGCCAAGACGUCUACAGACUACACAUGUCCUGUUUAUACUAUUUUGCCGUGACAUUGGUCUCUCGGCCGAUUCUCAUCUCACAGCUGACAUCCCAACCCAACACAUCCGCCACUACGCUGUCGCCACUGGCAUCUGCCUGUCUGGACGCGGCCGUUUUCCUGGUCCAGACAUGCACAGAUGCGAAAAAGUUGGAUACUCUCUUUGGAAGCUUGUGCAUUAUCAAGGCUCUGGUGUUUGCGGCUGGCCUCAUUCUUGGUUUUGACAUGUUUGCCAAGCGCGAGCUGGACUUUGAGAUUGAGAAUGCAUUUUCGGGUGCCAAGGAGGUGCUGGACUUGAUCGCGGAGCAGAGCGCGCAGGCGGCGCAUUAUGCAGAGAUACUGGGGCGGCUGUCGAGCGCGAUAGCGGAGCAGCGCCGCAAGACGGCAUCGCAAGGCCGGAGCAAACUCGUCAGUCGGCUGUUUCCGUUUGGCGGGGAUGCUGAGACAGGCCAGGGGGUUACAGACCAGUUCCGACUGCCGGAGACGACUGCGCAGACGGCGGGUGAUCGUUUGUUGGCGGAUGGCCCGAGCCACUGGCUGUUGGGACAGCCGCCGACGUUGUCUGCUGAAUUGGAAAGCGAUUUGAUCGGUGGAUGGGACGUCUUGGACCUGUCACAGUGGGAUAACUUUCCAUUUCACAGCCCGCGAAAUUUUGCAAACGACGGGUGA